CAAAUACAUUCUCAUUCUCAUUCUCUCUCUCUCUCUCUCUCUCUCUCUCUCUCUCUCUCAGUUUUGCUAGGCGCUCCGAUCAGACACAGCCAACCUCAACCAGUAGAAUUGUGUGCAAGAAGACCCCGUCAACGCAUCUCAUACUGGUUGCAACUGGAGACACUGGAAAUUGCAGCUGUCAUUUAACCCCUGCCCUCCCGUGAUGGAAGACAGCGGCAGCGGCAGCGGCUGGGAGCCGAGCAGGACCGUGUUCCCUCCUCACCCUAACGGGAGCUACGCUGCCAACCCGACGGGGGUCUCGGGGAGCGGCGGCGGUGCCUCCGAGCUGCGCAACGCCUCCAGCUCCAACUCCAGCUCCCAGUUCGCCGGGGUGGAGCUGCUGCAGUCCUUCAAGCCGCUCAUCAUCCCCUGCUAUGCGCUGGUGGUGCUGAUCGGGGUCUGCGGGAAUUACCUCUUGCUUUACAUCAUCUGCCGCACUCGGAAGAUGCACAGCGUCACCAACUUCUUCAUCGGGAACCUGGCCUUCUCCGACAUGCUGAUGUGCGCCACCUGCGUGCCCUUCACCCUCGCCUAUGCCUUCAACCCGCGCGGCUGGGUCUUCGGCCGCUUCAUGUGCUACCUGGUGUUCCUCAUUCAGCCCGUCACGGUCUACGUGUCUGUGUUCACGCUGACCGCCAUCGCCGUGGACCGGUACCACGCCACUGUGCACCCCCUGAAGAAGCGGAUCUCGGUGCCCGUGUGUGCCUACGUGCUGGUGGGGAUCUGGCUGCUGUCCUGUGCCUUGGUGGCGCCGGCUGUCGCGCACACCUACCACGUGGAGUUCAGGGUGGAGGGCUUCACCAUCUGCGAGGAGUUCUGGAUGGGGCAGGAGCAGGAGCAUCUGGCCUACGCCUACAGCACGCUGAUCAUGACCUACAUCCUGCCCCUGUCCGCCCUGUCGCUGUCCUACCUGUGCAUCUCCGUCAAGCUGCGCAGCCGUGUGACCCCGGGCCAGCCCUCCUGCAACCGAGCCACCGAGUCCCGGCGGGAGCGCAAGAUCCGGAAGAUCUUCCGCCUGGUGGUGCUGGUGGUGUCCGCCUUCGGGAUCUGCUGGCUCCCCAUCCACGUGUUCAACGUGCUUCGGGACAUUGACAUCAACCUCAUCGAUAAGCGCUACUUCCUGCUCAUCCAGUUGCUGUGCCACUGGUGCGCCAUGAGCUCUGCCUGCUGCAACCCCUUCUUGUACGCCUGGCUGCACGACCGCUUCCGAGCAGAGCUGCGCAAGAUGGUCACCUGGCGGAGACGCUGCUGCUGCUGCUGCCGCGGGGGGGUAGUCCUCCCUCACAGCAACUCCGUGGCCGUCAGCGUCAUGCUGUGAGGAGGAAGAGGGUCCGGUGAAGCUAGAGAGGGCUCAGAGAGAGACUGGGUGGAGAUCUUCAGAGGUCGGUCAGGUUUGUCUUCUCCAGUAACAGUUGCCAGGCUAUGAGGACCAGGGGAGAGAGGGAGCAGAGAGGCCAGUGUGGAGAGUCCGCGGCUGGGUAGGAAUUACGAUUGAAAUCGGGGACUAAGAUAGCGUUGAGCUCUUGAAGCCUCCCCAGUAGCAAGCUCUUGGCAAUCGCUGUCAUGUUGCGAUGGUGGAGGGGAUGGCCGUGUGGUUUUACUCAGAUGCCAGGUUGUCCUCCACAUAUACCGCUGCAUGUGAGGAUGAGGGGAGAGAGCAGCUCAGAGAGGGAGAGCUCAGAGCGUGGAGCUUCAGACCUACUCAGGAACUAGAGGGGAGGCCAGGGAGAGGGGUAGGGAGAGAGAGAGAGCUCUGCGAGAUAGUCCAGGAGCUGUGAUGAUGAGUGGAGAGGUCUUGUAUAAGAGAGGCAGGGACUGUUGGAUCUGUAUAGAGGAGACGAGAAGGAGAGGGAGUAUACAUUCUAUGAGACGCAGGAGACCCAUUGAGAUGGAGAAUAGUCAGUGUAGAAAAGCCUUUCGCUUUAGAGAUAUUCCAGGUUGUCGUCUUGUCAGUUGUGUGGCUGUCUGUCUUUGCUGUGACAACGGGAGCCUUUUUGAAGUCCCAUCCCCAUUAGAAGCUACUGGCAGCAACUAUGCUUCAAAAUUUGAAAUUCUGAGUGCAAGAUCCACAAAGAAAUCGAAACGUUUAAACCACCACAGAAUCAGAUUAAGUUUAUGUUAACAUCAUUGUUUUUUUGUUUUUUUUUUAAAUUGAGUGGCUUAAAUUGAGUGUGCUUUCCCUGGCAUUCAUUGUGUGACAGACUGGCAGGUUCGUGUUGCGAUGUGAACUGAUUCUGCACUGAGAGGGAAAGAGGCUCAUCUGAGGUUCACUUAAUGCUUGAACAGUGAGCUUUUGCUAAAACAAUGUCAGCUAACAAUUCUGUUAAUCAUAAUCUGGGUUCCAUGUGAUUUUAAAACUAGCAGUCCAGUAGACAAACAGGGAUGGAGAUGCGACUCCCAUUGCACAGCGGUUUGAUCCAUUCCUGGUUUCACUACGAGUUCAAAUCAGACACACCUCAGCUUGUUGCCUAGACACACUGUGGGUGAAUCAAGCUGGAAGUACAACCUGGAAUGAAUGAAACUGCUAUGCAACCAGAGUCUUAUUUCCAACCCUGACAAACCCGUUUUGGGCAGGGCUUUCUUCAGCCUUCUUUACUAUCUGAAACGUUUGUCUGCUUGACUCUGGAAUUCUGGUUUUAUGUAUCGGCCAAGAGCAAGGCAACACUUCUACUCUGAAAAUGUACAGCUUUGUCUGUGGUUAGGAAUGCAUUUUUGUUUAAUUUCUAAAAUAAACCUGCUGCUUUAAAAAAAAAAAAAAAAAAUCUAAUGGUUUGUUUCCAUGUUUAUUGUAUCGGAUAUUUCAUAUUUAUGGGAAGCAGGCAGAGAGACAGACAGCCAGAGGGCUGUGCAGUGUUAAUUUACAGCACAUUCCCAUCUGCUCUGAAACCAGUCUGUAAAACUCAAUCUCAUCUCAUUCCCAGUAUCAAACUGGGCGGCAACCGGCCAUUACACAAACAACAAAUCAUUAGGCAACCGCAUCAUUGUGGAGAAGGAAGCGCCUUGUGCCAGCCUGCCACCCUAACUGAGGCUGACAGACAGAGUCCCAAUUUGAAAUGGGUUUAAAAGUCCAGCGGCAGAUACAAACGUGACGUCAGACUCCUUGUUCGCCGUUGCCCUCGGAUACAGGCGAGAAGGCUCAACCGGACCUCUGACUAUUAAAAAAAAACAUUGUUUCCAAUUUAGAUAAAAGCCAACGUAGCAUAAGGGCUUAGACACUCAGGCAUUGCUAGUGAAUCAGCGUGCAAAAUGCAUGUCAUUUGGCAUAAUGUAGAAUCCAUUAUAAGCUAGAGGUUACGGAUUGCAGUAAAUGACUUCUCCUCUCCACGCGGAAGCCACAGCACCACUUGAAUGAAAAGUGGGCUGUGUAAUUAUCAAAAAAUAAUAGUAGCUGGGCUCACUGCAAUUACCACUGCCUUUCAGCCCUUCAGAAACCCCAAAGAGUGCACUGCAAUCAUCCUGAAAAACACAGACUCCCGAGGCAUGCAGGCACUCUAGUGCCAAGCUAAAAAUAAAGUUAAAACACAGACAGACGUAUUCUUGAGACCGUCCCGGAUCUUUCAGGCAUCCCUUGAUUCUGCCCCAUUGGUGUUGCAUCUAAGGACAUUCCCCUCACCCCUCUCUGAGAUGCAGUCCAAUACCCUGGACUUUUCAACCGUGCCAGAUACUGCCUGCUUGGAAGCUGCCCGGUCUUUGCUUGUUCAGCGAAUCAGGGAUCUUAUGCAGUAAAACCACCGCAGGGUUUUAUGACAAUUUUAGUGUUUGCAGCAUCUUUGUUUUGCUGUAUAUUUUGUAAUUCAUUUUGCUUUGUUGUGUGAACAGAGGAAGGAUGCUCAGCCUGACGGCAUAAUUUGAGGAUGAAAAACAAAACAAAAAAACUCUUGACCAUAAACAGCGUUGGAUAGUUGGAUUUUUGUUUGGUCAUGUGAUGAGGUUUUAACCAAUCACAUGCCAGAAUUGCUAAGGACUGACUCAUAUAUGUAAUACAUGGAUGAAGGCUGUAUUUGCAUCCUGAGCCAUUCAAAAAAAAAAGAGGAAUAAUACCACAGUAGUGACGUCAAAAUGGCACAUUCCUCUUGAGUCUAGAAGAUUACACUUGAGUCCUGUGCACAUCGAGACCACUUUCAAACACAAAAUGUCUAAUUUUCAAUCACUUGGCAACACCCACAAUUCGUGGUUUUAGGCAUUUUUAACAAAUCUGUCACUGUGAAGAUUUACAAUCAUCCUUCACCAAUGGGAGCAGCAAACAAGCGAGCGAGACGAAUAAUCUUUGACUCUGACAGACUAAAAAAAAAGCAUGCCCCAUUGAACACCUUUUCCUUCAAAAUACAUUCUUUUUUUGCAGUUCAUUAUCUACCCAGUUUAAUUCACCGUUCCUGAAAUUAAAAAAAAACUUGCAAUUUGAACCUAACACUCGUUUGUUUUCCAUCUUUUAUUACAGAUACUAAUAUCCAUGUGUACCGAGCAUCAA